AUGGCGAUCGAGACCAACGACUCAGCCAAACCGGCCAAGCAAAAUGGCAAAGAAGAAGUCAAGUACGAGCCUGUAGGCACCAUCUGUGACUUCCGUAACCUAUAUCAGACCAAGCCCGAUGAGGAUGGAAAUCGAUCAUGGACGCGAGACCUCCCAUCAGACCUGCCCGAGCCUGCCGAGGAUGGCGAUUCUGCACAAUAUGCCCUUCUGGUCCGUAAGGAAAAGUGUUUCGACGGCCGAAAGAGCCUAUCUGUUCAUUCCAUCGUUGUGCAAAGCGAGCACCUGAAAGGCUUCCUGGGCAAGGUCCUAGUCAACUACCCCGGAGUCACCACAACGCUUGAUCGUCUGGAGUUCACAGCGCCCUUCAAACCCUUCGUGCACCGAUGGGAAGACAUGAUCCGACUGCGCGACGAAGAGCAAGAUCCCACCACCAAGACACACGUGGAUCUAUUCUACCGCAUCAUGGACGAGGAGCUACGAGACGUGAUCGAUUGUAAAAAGGAUCUCGUCGCCAACGGGGUCAUCACAUACCCGCUGGCUUGGACAAUCAUGGAGCCUCACGACGUGGUCAUUUCCUCGGCUGGGGGACUGCUCCGCGGACAUCGGUUCGAUAGUAUGCAUCUCACCAAGUGCGGGUGGUGUCUCUAUGCCGACCAUGUCGAGUUCGACGGGAGUCGCUUCGGGUACACUUCGGAGAGAUUCGGCAUCCCAACUUUCACAGGCACUGUCCCCAUUACGUCUUUGCCUGUGUACCCGUUGAAGUAUCACCCGGAUAGUGAUUCCAUUCGACAGAUCCUGUCUGCGCGUGGAAAGCGAUGGGAAGAGCAUAAAGGGUAUCACUUCAAGUCUUACGAUGGUUCCGCGAUCAGCAGAGACUACCAUGAAGAUGACGAGAAUGCGAGAGAUACCAAGUACCACGUGAAGGGGCGUAUUAUCAUCGAUGCCGACGCCUACAAUAUCUUCCACCCGAACGGCACGAUCAGCGUGGAUAACCACAUCGACGAAGAUGAAUUAACCGAUACCCAUUUCCUGAUGGCUUCUCCAUUGGUCUAUGGAUACUCCCUCAAAGAUAAAGAGUGGUUGAUUUUCUACCUGGAAAGCUCACAUGAGAUCAAAUGGGACGAGCGCGCAUUUGAAUCCCUGGUCCUUCCGAAAGAGCAGGAGGGACUCAAGGAGGUUAUUCUGGGCGUUGCGAAGGCCCAUUCUAAGCGACUGGAUUCAUUUGAUGAUGUGGUCCAGGGCAAGGGUCGCGGUGUCAUUAUGCAACUCGCCGGUCCUCCCGGUGUCGGCAAAACACUGACUGCAGAGAGUGUGGCUGAAGUCAUGAAAGUUCCUCUGUAUGUGAUGAGCGCCGGCGACCUCGGGAUGGAAGCUAGCAGUGUUGAGAGGAGCCUGAAGCAGAUCCUCAAGGCAGUCCCUCGGUGGGGUGCUGUUCUUUUGCUCGAUGAAGCAGAUGUCUUUAUGGAAGCUCGUGAUGCCACUGAUCUUGCUCGCAAUGAGCUGGUGUCGAUCUUCCUGAGAAUGCUGGAAUACUAUGAGGGAAUCCUCUUCUUGACCACCAACCGGGCGCAGAAUAUCGAUCCAGCCUUUGAGUCUCGGAUUCACAUUUCCUUGAAUUACCAGGAGCUUGAUAUCGUUUCCCGCCGUCAUAUCUGGAGUCAGUUCCUCUGCGGCUCCAGUAAUAGCUUCACGGAUGAGCAACUUGACCAGAUGGCAGAGGUGCCACUGAAUGGUCGGCAGAUCAAGAAUGUCAUCAAAACUGCCGGUCUGUUGGCGUGGUCGAAGGAGGUGGACCUUGGGUACGAGCACCUGAAAACCGUGCUGGCUUUGCGGGAUCAGUAG